GUAAUCUUGUCUCACUAAAACUUGCAAGUAGUUAUUCUUCACCAUUCGCCAUUUACUUUACUUUGCUUUACUUGACUUCAUUCCACUUUUGGGAAGUGUCGAGGUUACGAAAUAAUUUGUAAAAUACUAAUAAUAAUGGUAGCAAGUGAGUGCUGCUAGUUUGAUAUAAUUUCAACGACAUUGUUGUGGGGCACGGCAUCUUGAACGAAUGGGUCGACGGGGUUAAAACCUCUCAAUUUUUGUAAAACGUGAAAAAUUCGGGUGUAAUUUUCAGUGAAGUUUACGAUAAAUAACUUGACAUUGGAGGCAUAAAAAUGACACCGGAUAAAAAAUUGGUGAACAUAAAAGAUGUCGAUACAUCCGAGGAGGAUUUGGAUUUUGAAACCCAGUGUCUGGUCCAAUUAAAGAAUACGAUUAAACGAUCUAAUGACCCCCUCCUCCUCACCGUACUGGACAAUGACGCAUUCUUAAAUGCAUUCCUGGUGGGAAGAAAAUUUAAUGUGUGUCGAACGUUUGAAACGGUAAAAGGAUACUUGAUAACGAAACAUGUAAAACAGACCAAAAUAUUUAGGAUGAAACCGCACAGUGUACGGCACGUUUUGGAGAGUGGAUUCAUCGGACUAUUAAAAAAUCGGGAUCAUCUCGGACGUGUGAUUGGAUUUGUGAGAUGCACAAAGCUAGACCUGAAAACAAUGGAAUGCGCCGACAUCGCCAGAGCUGUCAUACUUUUAGGUGAAUCUCUCUGGGAAAAUGUCGACGAUAUGAUGAGAAACGGGCAGGUUGGCAUUUUGGAUUAUUCCGGUUACAACUUCUCGGUCAUGACGAGAUACUCAUUCAGUGAUAAGCUUACUUUCCUAAACAUUUUUUUGCACAAUUAUCCCAUGAUGAUAAAAAACGUGCAUGGCAUAAAUAACCCUCGCAUCGUUCAAUACGCAUUGUCCCUCCUGAGGCCCUUCAUCCCCAAAAAGAUUAAAGACCGAUUUCUGAUGCAUGGGAGCAACUAUUCCGGCCUGCAUGAACACAUUUCUCCCAAAAUUUUGCCUACCUGGUUGGGUGGAGAGUUAUCGGAUGAAGACGCCAUUGAUACCAAACUUAUCCAGAGGAUUAUAACUCAGGAUGAUGGAAGUUGAUGAUUUAAUUCUAACAUAAAGCGAAAUGCUCAAGUGAUAAUCAACAAAUUUUAAUAUUUCUAAGAAAAGUGAGAAGAUGGUAAAAUACGCUGCUGGUCAUUAUUUGUGCCCUGCCUCCUGAAUCUGUAGACAGAUUGUAACUGAGAUAUAACUGUUCCUACUUAACGUACUUAUAAAUAGAAUGAUUAGUGUAUGUAAAGUAUUAAGCUAAAUAAAUAUCCUGACAAAGAUGAGUAACAUCUUUUCGGAACAUUGAA